GCACGCACAAAAUACCAAAACAAAGAUCUUUUCUUCCAGCACAAUUGCUAAMAGUCGAACCGAGUGUUGAAUGAGAGAGGGGAGAGCGCGGCCUGCAURAACAAUGGAUAGCGAGGUGGAAACAGCGAGGAUAGAAUGCCUCGUACAACAGGGAUUUACGCCGUCGUUGGCCCGAAAUGUUCUGCUCGCGAGAUCGAAAGAGAAYUUGCCCCUAACGAUAUGGAUUUGUGACAAUUCCACUUCAAUGAAUGCCUCCGAUGGAAGGCGCUUGGUGAGCACGGCAUCGCAGGACGAUGUGCGAGUCCAGSGUUGCACGCGAUGGGAAGAAUUGAAAGAAACGAUCACGUAUCACGCCCARUUGGCAGCACUCCUCGACGCCCCYACCAAAUUUAUCAUGCUGAACAAGCCCAGCGAUGAGGAUGACAAUCCGUACCCUCAGGAAAUGGGCAUUGCCGAACGAGGAUCCGAAUGGAUCGAGGACGACAUGGAAUUUUUCACGGACAGCGUGUCCCGCAUCCAUCCCARGGGUGCAACCCCACUGACGGACCACUUGCGACGAAUUCACAAAUCCCUGCAACACAUGGAAACGAAGAUCGUACUCGUAUUGGCGACGGACGGCAGGCCCACCGAUGGCUUUGGUUUUGUAUCGCCCUCCGUCGACCGAGAUUUCGAGAUGGCUCUCCGACAGGUCCAGUCGAARGCGUGGAUAGUCGUYCGGCUUUGCACGAACGACGACGCCAUCUUGAAAUACUACCAGCGGCUCGACGAGCAGAUGGAAUUGUCCCUGGAGGUCCUGGACGACUACACGGACGAAGCCAGGGAGGUCGGGGAACACAACCCGUGGCUGACUUACGGUCUCGGUUUGCACCGCUGCCGCGARAUGGGGAUGAGCUGCCACGCUGCCUUCCGGUUCCUGGAUUGGCUCGACGAGCGUUCCCUGACCCGGGACGAAAUCCGGAACACCCUGCGCGAAACCUUUGGGCUGAUCGACGGCUCYKUCGGGGACACCGGGUCGCUCCUGGAAUCGGACGAGGACUGGGCCGUCUUUUGCGACCUGGUACAGAAGGACCAAGAAAAGCUGGCUGCCCGGUGUGACCGGGACAAGGAUGCCGAGCUCCGGUCGUUCUUUCCGUGGAAUCCAAAGAAGAAACGAACCACGCACUGGAUCGAUGUACGGAGCCUAAAGCGACACGGGUGCAAGACGCAAUUUUAUAUGGAYCAGAGGAUAUGGAUCUUUCUGUCCGCCCUUGUUGCUAUAUGUUGCCAUUGGCUGAACUCGUGAAUGCACACAAGAAGAUAAGUGUUUGCUGUGGAAUUGUAAAUCUGUACUUUAAA